AUGUCUCCAUCUAAGCAUACUAACAACGUCAACGGCCAACCCCCAAAGUCCGGCGCAUUCCGAGCACUCGUCUCGUCGUUGAGAAGCCGACCGCAGAAUGGUCCAAGCAGCGCCUUACCAACGCCCGACUCUGAAUGCAGCACCAUUUUUGACUUCACCCCCUACGACGAGCUUUCCCCUCCACCGUACUCCGAAUCGGCGUCGAGCAGUAGCAGUAGUGAAGAGGUGACUAACUAUAUCGAAGAGGAUGACGACUACCGUUUGGACGAAGAUAACAGCGGAUGGUCUAGGAACACCGCCAGGUCGAAGUCGCGCACUCGUACCCCUCAUCUGACGCAGCUCGAUGGACAGGCUUCUUCCCAGGAUCCUCCGCCCCCUUCAAAGAACUGUGGGCCUCAUUCAUGGGGAUAUCGUGCGAGGAGAGCACCCUCUGAACAAUCAAGAAGGAGAGAUCGCUUCACCGUUGACCGCAGUACCCCCAGGCCAGUCAAGGACGUCGCACAGAUGCUCGACUCUGAGGAUCGUGCGUGGAUCGGGUUCAAGUCACCAAAAUACCAAAAUUCGUCAGAAGUUGUCAUGAAAGCAAGUCGAGGCGGAAAAUCUUGGUCUCAAUCCCAUGUCUGGUCACUGAAUGUUAUUGGAUCUACCGGGACUCCUAUAUACGAUCGCCUUUUUAACGACGAACAAGAAUGGGUGGGCGUAGAUCCGUCUGUAGAAUACGGAGUCACACCGCAAGAUCUGCAAGGGAAAGGGACCUUCUUCACAAACCGUGGCGUUAUGAUUUACUUAUACACGUCUGGAGGGUCCAGAUGGCAAAUGUGGGAGUGGCGUAUCGAAAAAGGCCGAUACUGCAAGGCACGUAGAUCGUAUCGCAAGAGUUGA